GGCGGUCUUAUUUUGACGUUGAACUCGACUCCUGCACACUCUGAACUCGGCUCAGCAAACAUUCGAAGUUGUUCAUCUGCACUUUUCAUCCCAAAAUAGGGGAUAACAUGGCUGCGUCUCUGGCUUGUUUGCACUGAUCAAGCCGUGAAAGAGCAGCGGAAACGGGGCGCCGGAUGUUGGCAGCUCCGCUCUAAUAAAUAAGACAUGAGCCUGGCUGGCUGCAUCGCGACGAGAGGGAGACAACCAGCCAUGAUGUGAGACUUCCAACAUGAUGUGUUUUUUACUGUUUUUGUGUGUUGGCAACGAGUAGACUAUCACAGCCUCGAGGGGGAGGCGGCACCUCGCGCGGGUGCUGGCCGCUUUGGACGCUGCUGCCAAGUCGCCGAGCACCGGAGCAAAGCGAGGCUCCGUCGUGCAUCAGUGAGGGACUUUUGUGGGGUGUAUUUUGAAAUCAGCACAACUAAGCUAGCAGUAUUGUGCUUCUACUACCACAUUGAUCCCUGAAUAACAACUGGGCGGCUCACAUUUCCUUCCUCAACAGCCUCCUCCUCAUCAUCUCUUGAGUUGGGUCUCUUGGCGCAACUGCCCAGCCAUCAAGUGUGAAACUAAACCGCCAAGAAAAAAGAUGCACCAUUUCAAGAGAUGGUCUGAGUCCACCAUCCUGAUGACACGGAAGCAAGACCAUGUCAAAGCCAAAAGGUCUCCAGCCGCCCUCCUCCCUGAAGUCAAUAACGGCUAUAAUAUUGGAUCAUGUGCAAGGCCCUUAGUCAUCUGCUUGUGUUGUAUCGGAGACUUUUAGAAGUUAGGAGAACUACAUGAACAACAAAGACUGGUACUGGCUUGUCUCUUUAUACCUCCUAGACACAAGAAGAAAUGUGUGGCAAGGAUAUCCAGACAUUUUAUCGUGCCUUGGACAGAGCACUUAAUUUUCCAUAGUCACCAUUUGUUUUGCCCUUUUUAUUUUUAUUGACUUCUAUUUCCCUUCACCUGUUCAACCUCAACCUUCUGGCCCAAUCAUCUGCUUCCUCCUCAACACCCUCAACACUGCCAUAAUCCUCACACUCAGCAGCAGCCUCCGCUCACAGCUUGUGACGCUGUGGUAACCAUGGCAACAGCCACAGCUUCCUCCUCCCCCCCGCCAUCCUCACCGGGAACCAAUGGCAGCGCACGGGAACACCUGAUGGCGGUGAGGCGCCGUAACCCUCAUGGCCGGCCGUACACGAUCGGGCCGGAAAACAUCCGCAGCCUGUCCGGGUCUUCUUGCCCCUCGCCGUCGGUCUUGACAUCAGGUGACCAGCCGGAAGCAGCAGGGGUGGGGCUGCAGAGGGCCAAUAGCGACACUGAUCUGGUGACCUCAGACAGUCGCUCCUCACUAACGGCGUCGACGUAUCAGCUUGUCCUUGGCCAUGGCCAUCUCGUCAUCUCUUGGGACAUCAAGGAGGAAGUGGACGCCACGGACUGGAUUGGACUGUACCACAUCGACGAGACCUGCGUUGCUAAUGUGUGGGACUCCAAGAACCGUGGCGUGAAUGGUACUCAGCGAGGCCAGAUUGUGUGGAAACUGGAGCCGGGGCCCUACUUCAUGGACUGUGAGACUAAGAUCUGCUUCAAAUAUUACCACGGUGUGAGUGGAGCACUAAGAGCAACAACACCUUGCAUCACCGUCAAAAACCCUGGAGUGACGGUGGGCACUGAAGGUCUUCCUGAGAGCCAAUCAGGGGCAGAGCACAGUCGUAAAUUGGUCAGCUUCACUCUCUCAGACAUCCGAGCGGUGGGCCUGAAGAAAGGCAUGUUUUUCAACCCGGACCCUUACCUGAAGAUGUCCAUCCAGCCUGGGAAAAGAACCGGCCUCCCAAAGUUCACCCACCACGGCCAGGAGAGGCGUACCUCCAUUAUCUCCAAUACCACCAACCCCGUGUGGCACGGAGAGAAAUACACUUUUGUGGCCCUGGGGAAUGACGUGAUGGAGAUCGAGGUGAAAGAUAAGUUUGCCAAGAGUCGACCAAUCAUCAAGCGCUUUCUGGGUCAGUUGAUCAUACCCGUGCAGCGACUUCUGGAGGGGCCAACGGCAGACCAACACCCAGUCAGCUACAGCUUAUGUCGCCGCCUUCCGACAGAUCAUGUUAGCGGGCGGCUGCACUUCCGGGUGAACAUCACCUCCACUGGACAUGAAGAUGUAACGGGAACCAUCUUGGGCAGCACAGUUAACAGCGACCCUGGGAGUCCCUCUGAUGAUGAAGACCUUCCGCACCACUCCACGUCUUCUCGCCUGGCAUGCGGCGCUUCCCUUACAGGCUCGGACGAAAGCUCCCUGUUAGCUAACGGUGCUUGUUACUAUGGCAACAGCAGCGCAUGGCAAGAAAACACAAUUCUAGCGGCUGCGGGCGGCCACACCCACAGGCAAGUUUCCCUCAAUGACUACUUGGACGCCAUUGAGGCCUCCGGUAGCGCCGUGGAGAGACUUCCCGCAGGGCCGUCGCCCAGACUGCGCUCCAGCUUUCCGACAGACACGCGCCUCAACGCCAUGCUCCACAUAGACUCUGAUGAGGACGAGGAGAGCGCGGAGCAGUGCGGUAGCCAGCAGGAGACGGGAUCGCAAAGGACUACAAAUGCGGAUAUUUCCGGAGGGAGCGAGGGCUCCAAAUGUGAGCACACCGGAUCACAAGCAGGCUCUCCUGUCGCUGAGUCGGCUCAGGCCGAUGGUUCGAGUAAUGCAGCAAACCUACAAAUGAAGGAGGGAACGUCGAUGAUCGUCAAUGCAGAAGAUACUGGCGCUUCGGCACACGUUAGUGAAGAGAUGGAAGCCAGUAGUUUUCCUGAAGCUUCGCAACUAGAGUCUGCCAGCGAUUGCACAUGCGGCGAGCAAAGUUCAAGGCUGGACACCAACUUAGAGGCACCCUGCGCUUCUUCAUAUAGCUGCGGCCCACUUUCACCCAUUCCGGAGGUGGAGAUGAGGACGGAAGUGGCUCCGAGGGCAGAGGAGGAAGCAGCCGAGCUAUCAAGCAGCAACAGCUUGGCAACGACUGCUAUGACAACCGGCAGCGACUUUGGAACCUCUGAAGCAGGGGCUGCCGGCCCAGAAGUGCAGGGAGAGGAGGCGGAUGAGGAAGAGGAGGCGGAUGAGCGGGGGGAGGUGUGGAAGAGACGCUCUGUGCGGGCCACUGAAGUUGCGAGCCACAACCAGGUGGCAUGCAGGCCCAGAGAAGGACUCGGCACCACUUUAUCAGAGCGAGAAUCCGCUCAGCUCAAUGGCCAUCAUUCUGCUCCUACGCUGCCGUCUGUCCGCCAUGACAUCAGUCGCUACCAGAGAGUGGAUGAGCCCCUCCCGCCGAACUGGGAGGCACGGAUCGACAGCCACGGGAGGAUUUUUUACGUGGACCACGUGAACAGAACCACCACCUGGCAACGUCCCACUGCUCCGGCUGCCCAGCAGACACUUCAGAGAUCCAGUUCCAUCCAACAGAUGGAGCAGCUGAACCGCAGGUAUCAGAGCAUCCGAAGGACGAUAACCAAUGAUAGUAGAGCAGAGGAGGCUCCGGCCAAUGAGCAGCCGUCAGACGAGACCGAUCUGCCCCCCAGCUCGCAAGAGCUGCGUCGAGACAGCAAUGCAGCCCAGUCCAGCUCCAGAUCCCGCCUCUACCUGCUACUCCAGUCUCCCAGUGCCAGGUUCCUCACCAGCCCCGACUUCUUCACUGUGCUGCAUUCUAACCCUAGUGCCUAUCGCUUGUUUACCACCAACACGUGCUUGAAACACAUGAUCAGUAAGGUUCGCCGGGACACGCACCACUUUGAGCGCUACCAGCACAACAGGGACCUGGUGGCCUUUCUCAACUUGUUUGCCAACAAACAGCUGGAAUUGCCUCGAGGCUGGGAGAUGAAGCACGACCACACCGGCAAGCCUUUCUUUGUGGAUCACAAUAGCCGCGCGACCACCUUCAUCGACCCUCGGCUGCCCCUGCAGAGCUGUCGACCGCCGAGCCUUUUGACUCACCGCCAACACCUGACCCGCCAACGCAGCCAUAGCGCCGGUGAAGUCAGCCCUCGGCGCCUGGUGGGCGAAGAGUGCCGUCAUGCCGGACCGCCCAUCUUGCCGAGGCCGUCGAGCACCUUUACGUCGUCGGCCUGCAGGGGCCAGGCGCCGGAUGUCAUGCCAGUGGCGUACAACGACAAGAUUGUGGCAUUUCUACGGCAACCCAACAUCUUUGAGAUUUUACAAGAAAGGCAGCCAGAUUUGCACCGGAACCAUUCGCUCAGGGAGAAGGUCCAGCUGAUCCGCACAGAUGGAGCGUCGGGAUUGGCGCGGCUGUCAGGAGACGCCGACCUCGUCAUUUUGCUGAGUUUGUUUGAGGAUGAAGUCAUGUCCUAUGUUCCUCCUCAUGCCUUACUGCACCCCAGCUACUGCCAGUCUCCUCGGGGCUCUCCCGUCUCCUCCCCUCAAAACUCACCCGGUACUCAGAGAGCAAACGCCAGAGCUCCAGCACCCUAUAAGAGAGACUUUGAGGCCAAACUGCGCAACUUCUAUCGAAAGUUGGAGACCAAAGGCUACGGCCAAGGACCAGGGAAGCUCAAGUUGAUCAUCCGCCGUGACCACCUGCUGGAAGAUGCCUUCAAUCAGAUCACAUGCUACUCCCGCAAAGAUCUGCAGCGCAGCAAGCUCUACGUCAGCUUUGUGGGCGAGGAGGGAUUGGACUAUAGUGGACCUUCCCGAGAAUUCUUCUUCCUGGUCUCCAGAGAAUUGUUCAACCCUUACUAUGGUCUCUUUGAAUAUUCGGCCAACGACACAUACACAGUCCAGAUCAGCCCCAUGUCGGCCUUUGUGGACAAUCACCAUGAAUGGUUUCGCUUCAGCGGCCGCAUCCUGGGUUUGGCACUGAUCCACCAAUACCUUCUGGAUGCCUUCUUCACCCGACCCUUCUACAAAGGAUUAUUGCGCAUCCCGUGCGAGCUGAGCGACCUGGAGUACCUGGAUGAGGAAUUUCACCAGUCACUUCAGUGGAUGAAAGACAACGACAUUGAGGACAUGCUGGACCUCACCUUCACUGUCAAUGAAGAAGUGUUUGGGCAGAUAACUGAGCGGGAGCUGAAGGCUGGUGGAGCCAACAUCCCAGUGACAGAAAAGAACAAGAAGGAGUACAUCGAAAGGAUGGUAAAGUGGCGAAUCGAGCGUGGUGUCGUACAGCAGACGGAAAGCUUGGUCAGAGGCUUUUACGAGGUGGUGGACGCAAGGUCUGUGUCGGUGUUUGAUGCCAGGGAGCUGGAGCUGGUGAUGGCGGGCACGGCAGAGAUUGAUUUGUCCGAUUGGAGGAACAACACCGAGUAUAGAGGAGGUUACCAUGACAACCAUAUAGUUAUCCGUUGGUUCUGGGCCGCAGUGGAGAGAUUCAACAAUGAGCAAAGACUUCGGCUCUUGCAGUUUGUGACUGGGACAUCAAGUAUUCCCUACGAGGGUUUUGCAUCUCUGCGAGGAAGCAAUGGACCUCGGCGUUUCUGCGUGGAAAAGUGGGGCAAAGCCACGUCUCUGCCCAGAGCUCACACGUGUUUCAACCGCCUGGACCUGCCUCCCUAUCCAUCCUUCUCUAUGCUCUACGAGAAGAUGCAGACUGCCGUGGAGGAAACCAGCACUUUUGGACUGGAGUGAGAUCCCUUUUGACAGAGAGAGUCCAGAUUUUCCACCCCUCACGUGAGGCCAUAUUCCAAAGCAGCUUGCAUCAACGUAUGAUUCGGCUUUGGAAGUAGGGCAGCCUUCACCGUUUGUUUUGGGUCACGGCUAUGACGUAGAAACAAACAGAAUGAAGAACCACAGCGCCUUGCGGACCACAAUCAGGAAGCGUGAACGGACCUAUCAGAGCGGAAGGCGUGGUGACAUCUUCAAUGUGAGUAGCGGACACAGUACUUUUAAAGAAUCUAUUAUUUGUGAUGGUUGUCACGGCGAUCUCUCGUGCUGACAAAGACUCAUGGCCUCUCACUACAUGGUGUUAUUUGAAUGUGGUGAUUUUAACCAUGUAAGAUAUUUGUAUCUGUUGUGAAUCAUAUGGUUGCAUUCAAUCCCGGCGUUAUUUAAUUAUGGGCGUUACAAUCCUGCACACGUUUGAAUAGUCAAAUGUUUUUCAGUCCAUCGAGGAGGAUUGAAGAAGUACAUUGUUAUAAUUUGUUGCUAUCAGUAUUCGGGCACCGCGAUGGCCCACCAUCACGUUGGAUUUUCUUAAAUCAUACUUUAAGCUGUAACUCUUCUUUUUAAUUUUUUUUAAUCCAGCCAAGAAGUCACAGUAGUUAUGUGUGCAGAGGUCAGGAUGCAUUUCACGAUUCAUAACUCGUCUUUCUACCGUAAGAGAUUGCCACACGAAUCUUGCCAGUGUUUCCCCACUUGUGUGUUUUCCAUCAAAAGAUUUAAUUGAACACGGUCAGAGUUGUUUGAAGCAUCGUUAUUGUUUCCUCACAGAAGACACUGCCUUCCUCUGUCCUUUUGAUAAGAACUAACCAAAGUUUUGGGCACAACCGGAACCAAUUCUGUCUAUGUAGACACCGGACCUCAAUUUUGCAUAUGAAUGUUGGCAGCACUGUCCUAAAAUAAAAUUCCAUCUUUGUCUAUGCAAAAUAA